CCGAACUGAACAAAAAGUCAACAUAGCAAACACAAACUCUAAGCGGUGAGUUUGGUUUCUGUUGAAAUAUGCCUAAUUUCGCAUUAUAUCCCAAGGCUUGUUUUGUUUAAGUCGAUAUAAGAACAUUAAUCGCGACGGAACAAGCUUAGCUAAGUUAAACAAUGUUUGAAGGGUUAGCUUGUGCUAGCGGCUGUGUGUGUGUUGUUAUUUGUUCCUGUCCUGAAAGUGUGCUUUUGACUUCUACGCGUCAGGUUGAUACACGGAAGAGCCUGACAGAUUAGGACGGUGUUUUAGGUUGAAUGCCUGUGUGAGAAACAUUUUGUGGACCAAUUAGGCAAGGAUAGUAAACAUCCGCUAAGACUUGCGUCAUGAAUCCAUCCAAUCCGUUUGGAAGUCCUCAAGGUGGAGCUUUUCAGGCCCCAAGCAACACUAUGAAGACUGGUAUGUUCCAAACAUUUGGACAGCAAAGUUCUAGCAAUCAGCCCCAACCUAUGGGCUUUUUUCAACCAUCAGCGUUUGGACAACCUUCUGCCUUAAAUCAGCCCUCGCCUCAAGGAAAUACCAUCUUUGGACAGACCCCUGCCUUUGGACAGACAUCAACACAGCCUCCCUCGCAGCCAACAAUCAGCCAGACUCCAGCAUUUGGACAGCAAUCGUUAGGAAUGAGCAGCUCAGGCUACGGUAGUAACACUGCACCAGCUUUUGGACAGGCUGCCGCACAGAACCAGAGUUCUGCUUUUGGACAGGCUGCCGCACAGAACCAGAGUUCUGCUUUUGGACAGGCUGCCCCACAGAACCAGAGUUCUGCUUUUUUACAGGCUGCUGCACUGACCCAGAGUUCUGCUUUUGGACAGGCUGCUGCACUGACCCAGAGUUCUGCUUUUGGACAGACUGCUGCACUGACCCAGAGUUCUGCUUUUGGACAGACUGCUGCACAGACCCAGAGUUCAGCUUUUGGACAGACUGCUGCACAGACCCAGAGUUCAGCUUUUGGACAGACUGCCGCACCAAACCAGAGUUCAGCAUUUGGACAAACUACCGCACAAAUCCCAAGUAACGUCUUCGGACAGACCUCUUCUUUCGGGCAGGCCUCUGCUUUUGGGCAGGCUCCAGGAUUUGGCAAACAGCCCUCUGCGUUUGGAAACUCCCAAAUGUCUGGCUCUACCACCACCAUAGGACAACCUCAGCCCCUGAGUUUUGGACAGACUGUGUUUGGACAACCGUCAUCCACAAGUGUCACCACCAGUGGAUUUGGCACCACUCCGAGCAUGACCCAGAGCAGAGACUUUGGAUCAUCCAAAUACACAUUCAAACCAGCCAAUGAGGCACUUUUCAAACCCAUCUUCAGUGCCAGCCCUGAGCCCGCUAACCCCCAAACUACUGCGAUGACCAGCUCACCUUUUGGCAGCACUGUGUCCCAGACAAGCUCCAGCUCCAUGGGCAGCAGCACCACCGCCUCUGUGUUCUCUAUGACGACUGGAGCCAAGCCUGGACCUCCGGGCUUCAGCUUCUCACAGCCAGCUGCAGCCCCCUCCAUCUCGUCUCAAAACAAUCCCCUAACGACCGGCACUAGCAAAGCUCCUUCCAACCCGCCGACGUUCACCUUCUCCCAGCCAGCUGCCCCCUCCAGCUCCAGCACUAAUGAGUCUACCACCGAGCCCUCCACCCCAUCCAGUUUCAACUUUUCAGCCACAUCCCUCCUGCCCCAGGCCCUACCUCUUUUUGGAGGGACCAAUUUUGGUCAACCCCCCACUUAUAGUGACACCAGAGCUAAAGCAGAGACCGAGGAAAGAGGGAGCAAUCUAGGAGGAACAAAUGUGUUUGCACGACUUGGCAAAGGCACCAAACGCAAGGAAGAUCCAACGGCUCCCAACACUGGCCCUGAGAAGCUUGCCACAGGAGAAGAGGAGGAGGAGGAUGUUCAAGGGGUAGAUUUACCGAGGCAGCCUUCAAAGAGGCCCCUCAUGAGGUCCCGCGGCCCACCAGCAGGCUUAUUUGGGAGGGCACUAAAUUGUCUUCGUAAAGAUACAACCCACCCUGAGAGCAUCCAAGCUCAGGCUGACGAAAGUCCUGCUACACCCCCCACAGCGCAAGCACGGGGAAGAGAUGUGCCGGAAAAAGCUGAGGAGUCAGACUCAACCAAAGCCCCAGACUCAGGCCCCGGUGGCGCCACAACCCCUGUGAGACGCGGCGCCCGCAGGGAGAGCAUGGAGAGUCUGGGCGGCAUGUCCCCCACUGACUGCAACACCCUGCAGUGCAGGAACAUUCCUCCAGCCCUCAACAGGAAGGACGUGAUCGAGAAGCACUUUGGUCGUUUCGGGAAAGUCCGAAAGAUCUACUGCCGACCCGGCAAGAAUCUGGCCAUCGUUCACUUUGAUGAUCAUGCAUCAGCAGCGAAGGCAAAGAAGAAAGGCAAACUCCUGUCCAGACAUGAACUCCUCCUCUUGUGGCAGAGAAAGAAGCAGAGUCCAGGGGACAAAGGGAACAAGCCUGCAGCAGAGAGCGGGGACACAGAGGGGGGGAGUCAGGAGGACACAGAGUCCAAAGAUGUUUCCUCCCCCCUCAGGAAGGCUGCUCUCAGAGGUCCUGCACUCAGCAGCCUCAUGUCCUUCAGCCGCAGUUCUCCUGUGAAGAAGUUGCCGUUGGCCAAAGCUCUGCAGUUUGACACCGAGUCGCAGAAAAUGAGCAGCUCAGAGGCCCUGAGCUCAGAGGCCCCAAGCUCGGAGCGCCCUGUCCCCUCCUCCCUCCUCCACUUCAUCGGACAGCUGGCUCCGACCGCUGAGGACAAGUUCCGCCUGCUGGAGCAGCGAGACAAGAUCUUGCGCCAAGGUCGGCCCCGGAGGACGGACCUGGUCCUGUCCAACGUGUUUGUGGGGACGUGUCCCGACAUGUGUCCAGAGAAGGAGAGGUACAUGAGGGAAACACGGAAACAGCUAAGCGUCUUCGAAGUCUUCCCAGAUACUGAGAUGGUGGAUCACUCUGCAGCCAUCAAGGAGUACAGCCGCUCAUCAGCGGACCAGGAGGAGCCCCUCCCCCACGAGCUGCGGCCCCUGUCUGUGCUCAGCAUGACCAUGGACUACCUGGUGUCUCUGAUCAUGGACCAGGGCCACGACAACUACCGGGACUGGUACGACUUUGUCUGGAACAGGACGCGCGGUAUCCGCAAGGACAUCAUCCAGCAGCACCUGUGCUGCCCUCACACGGUGUCUCUGAUCGAGAAAUGCACACGCUUCCAUGUGCACUGCGCCCACCACCUCUGCGAGGAGAAAUUGUCUUCUUUUGAUGCCAAGAUCAACAACGAGAACAUGACAAAGUGCCUGCAGAGUCUCAAAGAGAUGUACCAGGACCUGAACACACGCAACAUCUACUGCCCCCUGGAGGCCGAGUUCCGCCAGUACAGCGUGCUUGUGAAGCUCAAUGACGGGGACAUCCUACGGGAGGUGCAGCAGUUCCGUGACGAGGUGCGUAACUCCCCCGAGGUGAAGUUUGCCGUGCAGGUGUUCACUGCAGUCAACAGCAACAACUUUGUGCGCUUCUUCAAGCUGGUCAAGAGUGCCUCGUACCUCGCCAGCUGCCUCCUGCACAGAUACUUCAAUCAGGUCCGGGCUAAGGCCUUGAAGACCAUGAACAUAGCUCACACCGUGGGUCCACGAUCCACCGCGUUCCCAGUGGAGGAUUUAGUCCGGAUGUUAAUGUUCCGCACCAUUGAAGAGGGAACGGACUUCAUCCAGCAGUACGGCCUCAACGUCAAUGAAGGUAUGGUAGAGCUGAGUCGGACAGCCUAUCAGGAGCCAGAGCUGCCUCUGUCCCAGAAGAAGUCGGAGGUCAUCCUUGCCAAGAGAAGGGUGCUGAUCGGAGAGGUGGUGAACGGAAGCCCCCUCCCUAACCCACCCCGGCACACCCCUGUCUGCAGCUUCGACCCGCAGAACAAGUACAGAUUAGAGGGCCCUCUGGCUGAGCCCCCACAAAGCCACUUCAAAGCUUUUGCAGCCAAGGUGGAUUUGAAGGCCCCCCCCAGCCUUGAGUGUGUGGCGCCGGUGGUUCCAGACGUGGCCGCCAUGUUCGGGUUCCCUCAAGCUGGUCCGCCUGAGGUGGUGCCUUCCAGUGAGGCGUAUCACAGUCCGGCCCCCCCUGCCGACGUCCAGCAGCUUUUCCAGCCCAUAGCCCAGCCUCAGCCUGUCAAACCCCCGUCACCUCCACCCAAACCUCAGCCCGUCUACAGCAACGAGGACAUCAUGGCUGAGCUGGACUGUGUGGUAGAGGAGGUGCUGGGAGCAGCAGUGAUGGAGGUAGCAGUAGCCGGGGCCAGCUACGCCACUACAGCUCUUAUGGAGAGCGGUGUGCAGGUGGAGUCACUGGUGGGCGAAGUGCUGGGACAGAUGCUGCAGGACGUCUCCUCCUCAGAGAUCAGGCUGGAGCAGCAGCGUGUGGCUGAGGAGAAACGGAGGUUGGAAGAAGCCAGGAGGAAGCAGGAGCACGACGCCUUCCUGAUCGACUUCAGCUUCUCCCUCUGCUCAGACCUCAUUUUUGAAGUUCUAGAUCAGACCAUCAAGGAGACGGCCAACUCUGAGAUCAAAGAGGCGGUGGAUGAACAAGCUGACCGUGUGGCUAAAUGCACGGAGCAGGUGUGCACCAGUCUGAUGGAGGAGACUCUGGAUGCUGACAUCGCUCUGUUGGUUGAAAACAUCCUUGAAGAUGAGCUGCAAUGCAUCCACAAGUACAUCAAGAGGUGGCGUGAUGUGGUGUCGGUGCGUCGGCAGCUGAAGAGGCAGAUGAGAGGUUUCCCUGCGGCCCCGUGCUGUGUGGACCCUCGGUUCAAACUGAAGGCUCUGGCCCCCAGCGCCCCUGCCCAGCCCUCCAUGGCUGAUCUGGCUCGAGGUGUGGUCGAUCUGGGGAACUCUGGCAUGCUUGCCCUCUCCAGCACCAGGUUGUUGAAAAUGAGAGAAGCAGCGAUCCACCAGAUGAGAGUCCACUACUACUAUCAGCAGCUGCUCGAUGAAUCAGUGUGGGCUCCGCUCGACUUGCCGGCACUGGUGACAGAGAAUAUCCCCGACCCACCGGAGAGAGUCUUCUGGAAAGCUGUGCUCCUCCUACCCAGCGACCACGACAGUGAAACCAGCCUAGCAGACAGGAUCCUGUCAGACUGGCUGGAGGUGAAGCUCAGUGGGGGCAAGGAGUCGGAGGGGAGGGAGGAGCAGCUGGACGGCACACUACAGACCCUCUGUGUAACAAACACACUCCAGGAUAGAGGAGAACACAUCCACAAAGUCCACAUCAGCAUUAAGGCAUCCCGGGGCCCUCUGUCUGAGGACGGCCUGUCCAAAGCGGAGGGGUGCAGUGAGCUGCAGGGGACAGCAGCUCUGAUGGUGCUGCUCCCCGCCAUGCCCCUCACGGAGCAGGGGCAGGAGGAGCAGGAGAUCCCUCUGCUCUCCGCCCUGCUGCAGCUUAAACAGCUCCAGCAGGCCAAAGGGAACUGGCACUGCCCGCUGCCUCUAGCCAUCCUGGUGCCGGGACCCUCAGGCGGCCCCGGGGACACACAGGACAUUGAAAAAGCCCUGAUGCUGCACACGCUGGUCCAGGAAGGCCUGAUCUCAGAGUUCACCUUCUUCCUCAUAGGAGAGACCACCAGUGACCUGCAGGGAACCAAACAGCUUAGCGAGGCUACACGCUGGCUGCUGGCCCGUGCCCCCCCGCGGCUCCCUCUCUCCUGUCAGACCCUGGUGCAGCUGGUGGAGGACGCGUUGAGUCGCGAGUUCAGUCCCAGAGUCUUCGCCCACCACCACGACCGCGCCGCUGCCGGUCUACCCUCCCAGGAGCCAGCUCCCGUCAUCCAGCUGUACAACGCCGUCCUGGCUCACAUUGCUGACAAAGUGUCGUCCCCGGACCUCGGCAGACUCUCGUGGCCCCCGGGCGAAUUCUGCCUGCAGGAAUCCCAAGAGUUUGUCCCUCAUCUGGGCUGGAACUCUCCCAAGCACCUGGCCUGGCUCCGAGAAGCCAUCUUGAGCCUGCAGCUGCCGAAAUGGGAGCAGAUCUCUGCCACAGACUCGUGGACUGAGCUCUGCGCCUCCAUCUCACGCUUCUCCGCUCAGAUCCCAGUCUCACCUCGCAGCCAGCCUCUCCUGAUGUCCCGGCUGGAAAACCUCCUAGAAAGGGUCCGGCUCAAGAGUCAACCUACCCGAAACUCCAGCUCCAAGGUAACCAUGAGCAACCUUGUCGACGAGGACGUGUGUCCGGCCUUCAGUCAGAUUCCCUGGGAUGACAUUCUGGUGAUCUGCAUCGACCACAAGCUGAAAGACUGGCAGCUCCCCGGACAGCCAGUCUGUGAAGAUGCUGUUACAGAUGAUGGGGAGAUCCUGGUUUACCUCCCUAUUGAGACACUUAAGGGUUUCCAGCCCCCAGGGGAAUGGACUGAGGUCAUCAGACAAACACACAGAGAGAAGCAGCAGCAGGAGGAGGAGGAGGAAGGGGCGGGUGCCACUGCAAGUGCCCCCCCCAGCAGUCUGUCCCUCAGACAGAGGUUGUUCCACAGUCUGGCUCCUGAGACAAUGACAGCCCCUCUAGACAUCACCCACACUCCCACAGCAGAAGAGCUGCUGGCCCACAACGUCCUCCAGAGUUUAGAGAAAGAGAAGGUUGAGAGCCAGAGGAGCAUGGAACAGCUUCAGCGUUGGCUGGAUGGCGACCACUUGGACCAUUUGUCCACACCGCUUUUCAUUCCCUCCUCCACUCUGUUAUCCAUGCCCCCAACCAUAAUGCGCGGGGCCACAGCCAAGACCCCAGAUGCCACUCUCACACAGCCCGAUGAUCUGCUGGACAAAGUGGACUCGCCUAAAACACCCCCUGUGCCGAUGUCAUGGCGGAUUAAGGAACUUGAGCGACAGAUUUUGGCGAGUCACGAGGAAGAGCUGGCUUGGAAGCUUAAGCUGAGUGGUCUGCUGAGCAUUGUUGAUGACUGAUGAACUAUUGGAAGGAAAAUCCCAACAAAGGACUCUAUGGCUUUCAAACCAUUGAUACAUAAAUGUUCUGUUUGCCACAUUUUUAUUUGGGGUUUUAUUUUGUACCAUAUAUGUUGCAAUUUUACAUUUAAAAAUAUCAAUGUGUGUUGGUAUAAGACUAAGAACAAAUAAUGUUUUUAUGAGUGUUUCAAAUGAUAUUACUUGCAUCCAUAGAGUGGCUUGUUUUAACCUAAUGGUCCAUUGCUGAGAAAUAUAACUGAUUAAUAAAGUGAUAUGUUCAAAUAAA